UUGAAGAUCAUUAAGAAUGAGGUCAUAUAUGUUGCAAAAAAAACAGAUAAAUUUCAAGUAAUGUCAUCGACGGUAAACUCAUUUGAUUUGAACGCAUAUGACGUGAUUGCCAUCGAUAUGGACAACACUUUAGUCAAGUAUAACCUGAAGAAUACGUUACCAUUGAUUCACGAGUUGUUACAGAAAUAUUUGAUCGAGAAAUACAAUUAUCCCGAAGAUAUACGACAAGAGUUUUGUCCGAAAUUGAGUCAAAAAGGUUUAGUGAUUGACAAACAAAACGGAAAUGUACUCAAAUUGGACGCCAACUUUGCGGUGAUGUCAGCCAAACAUGGCUUUACAGACUUAACAAAGCAAGAGAUUGAUAACAUUUACGGCAAAGUUUAUGCCGAAAAACUAACAGAAAUACUUGAAUUACUGGUUACGGGAACUCUUUAUAUUGAUUUUGAUUUUGCGGUACUUAAAGACUACUUUACGAGUCCGGCCGCACAGGUGUUUGCAAAAUGUGUGGAUGUGUUGGACAAAGUAAAUGUCUCGUCUGGUAAUGAAGUAAAUUACUGGCAAUUAUGGACCGAUAUUUACAAUGGUUUGUGUUUUAUGUACGAAAGACAACAAUUUAAAGCUCGAAGUGGCGGUUGGUUUCCCGAACUUAUCGAAAAUCCCGACAAAUAUUUAGUAAAAGCAUCGGAAAGUGUUCGACAAAUGCUUAAGAAUUUACGCCAAAAAGGAAAACAAGUACUUUUGGUGACCUCUUCUAAUGUUGACUUCACAAGACAUCUGAUGAAACACUGUUAUGGAAACCAAUGGAUUGAUUACUUUGAUUAUGUGCUGACUUACGCCCGAAAGCCUACAUUUUUCACAUGUGAUCGCAAGUUCUUAAUUGUUGAUUCAGAUGAUAGUAUCGGAGACGCCAUCGCUGUAGAAGAUUUGAAAUGUGGUCAUAUCUACGCAGAAGGUAAUUGGGCUGAUUUGAAGACAUUUGCUGCCAAAAUGCUGUCCAAAUCUCAACCAAAGUGUGUAUAUAUUGGCGAUAGUUUUAUUGAUGAUUGCAUUGUUCCUGAAAAGUAUGUCAAUUGUCAUACAAUUGGAAUCGUUGAAGAACUAGAAGCAGAAAAUCGUUGGGAAUUAGAUUCAAGUUAUUGGAAGUCUUUUAUUGAUAUUAAUAAAAACAAUACUCUUUGGUUUCAAUUACUUCGAGAUCACACACAACUAAUUGUCCCAUACUUUGAAAGUUUAGUAAAUUAUUGUGUUUAA